AUGGCGAAGCUCGCUUCCCUGCCACUUUGGGGCUUGGCCUUGGGCUUUCUUCAAGGAGAGGCAAAGUAUUGGCAGGUCAUCACGGAUGGGGCGCCGAAAGCACGUUAUGGACACUCCGCUGUUUUGCACGAGCAGAAGAUGUGGAUUUUUGGUGGGAAAGACUCCCCGGUCUUAGGGGAGGACCUCAAUGAUUUGCACUACUUGGACACCGUCUCCGGGAAUUGGACCGAAGUCUUCCCCGAAGCGCCUCCCACGGCUCGCUCACAUCACAGCGCCAUCGUGGAUCAUGUGGGACGCAUGUGGAUCUUCGGCGGCCUCUAUCGAAGCGACAUGGGCCCCCAACAGGUGACGGACCAGCUGUACUACCUGAACCUCUCAAACCCGAUCAAAUGGAUGAACGUGGACACCAGACUUCAGUCUCGUGCGGAGCACAGCGCUGUCUUUGAUGGAGCCUGGGGUAUGUGGAUCUUCGGUGGGAAGUUCUACCCUCGGUCCGCGGACAAUGAGACCUUCACGACUGUGCAUUACUUGGACCUGGAGACCUUGGAGUACGAGGUGGUGGAGUGUCGCGGAAAUGGGCCCUCGAAACGUUGGCGGCACAGUGCUGUGAUGGAUUCCUUCAGGAGGAUGUGGGUCUAUGGUGGUGUCGAGUAUGACAAGCCCUUCGAGGACCUCUACUUCCUGGAUGUUGACUCUCAUACUUGGAGCCAGGUGACCACGAGCCCCUUCAACCGACCAGGCAUUUUGGAGGGACAUUCCGCAGUGAUGGAUGCAGCGGGGCGCAUGUGGCUGCUGGGCGGCUACACGGGAACAUACUAUCCGGAUCGUGUUUUCUACUUGGACACGGUGGACAUGAAGAACCUGAUGUGGAGAGAAGUGGAGGAGUUCGAGUUUUCUGCAAAAGGUCCAAGCAUCAAGGCGAGCAGCGGUGGCAGUGCUGUCAUGGAUGACCAGGGCAACCUUUGGGGAUUCGGUGGCGGCAGUCAAGGCUCCGUCGACCGCACACACGACGAGGUGUAUGUGCUUGAGACGAUCGGCCCAGCACCGACCACCUCAACGACCUCGACCUCUUCUCCAGCUGCUCGAACAACCACAACCACAACCACGACCACGACUACAACUACUACCACUACCACUACCACCACUACCACUACCACAACUACCACUACGACUACUACCACUACCACUACCACUACCACCAGUACCGCUACGGACACUAGCACAUUGGUUGUGAUCAAAGAUACAACACGGAUGGAAGAUCCUGCCGAUGCGCCAAGUGAAAGCAGUGGUGGUACCGUUGCCCAUUAUGUGGAGGUCAUUUUGUUUGUGGUCGUUUUCGUUGGUGCUCUCGUUUUCAUCAUUUGGUUCGCUCUGAGAGGUGACGCCAGAGGUGCUCAAGCAGGGCAAGUGGAGCAAGUGGAGCUCGCUGAUGUUGGGGCGACGCGGGGCUUCGGGGAUGAAACAGUGGAGAUGCCACAUAUGCCGCAUACCGAGUGA